AUGCCUCAACAAUCUUCAUCUUCGCCUCCACCGUCGUCGUCUUCUCUAAGCAACCUCGUCCGUCUCACUCCGCUACAACUGAGUGAUCUACCGGUCCAUCCGGACCUGCCACGGCCGGAGACAGAUGAUGGAAAAGGGCGCGUUGACCUAGUGGCUUUUUUGACAGCCUUGCUCGACAACGGCGCCUCGUUUCUCAACCCAUCCGCCUUCGCCAGCACCUUCAAGCACCAGUCGAUGAAAUCAAGUCCUCCGUCAGCUGUGCCUGUCGAGAUCCUGGGAUAUUCAAUUCCCAAGUCAGCCAUUGCCCGAAUCCAAUGGUCUGGCUCUACUUCUGCCUCUGUGACUGGUGUUGGUCAUGGUCUGAGCAGCACAAGUCCACCCUCAGUCGAUGUGGGUGAUCCAAACGGGUCAGCGACUCCAGUUGUGCCACGUGUAUCACGCUCUACCCCAUCCUCUUCAUCUCUGGGCCCAGAAAACUGGGUCGCCCGUCGGAGCGUGCACAAAGACAUAUCCAGCAAAGAUGUCACACGCCCAGGGCACGCAUUGUGGGAUGAAUUCGUGUACGGCCUGCGCGACGACCAUAGCAAGCACGAAGCAGACUUCACACCCACAUUGUAUGAUGCGCAUUGUGUGGUCGAUUGGAGUGAUGUACUGCAGCAGUCUCAAGUUCAAGAGACUUUGAGACGGAAUGGAUACAUGGCCUGCAGUAUGGGCGUGUAUGAGAUGUGCCAUGUCAUUCCGCCGCCGUUGAGUCCGAGGUGUUUUCCCGUGGUAGUGGUCACGGCGAGUAUUUGUCGAGACUCUUCCAGCCUGAGUAAGGAGACAAAUUUCUCCAGACCUGUCACAAGGACGAAGAGAGAGAAUGAGGAUGACGACGAGGAUUGCUUCAUCGCAGUCACGGUCCCGGUAGACCUGACAUCCAGUCGCAUUCCCGUUCCUACAGCACUGUACAGCACCCAACGCAACCUCCGCGAAGGAAAGACACCACAGCAGCGCAAACGAGUCGUUAUGGGCGCCUACGCUGCCGUCGAAACAGUCAGACGUAAGCGGAACAGAUCGUCAUCGUCAUCAUCCACGACCGGACAACAGACCAGAGGCCAAGCUCAAGCCCAAGCCAACGGCAAGACAGAAAACCAACAUGAGAUCGAAUGGAUCAUGGCCACGGCUAGUGAUGCCAAAGGAAAUCUGCCCCUAUGGAUGCAAAAAAUGGGUGUCCCUGGAGCGGUGGCCAAGGAUGUGGGAUAUUUCAUGAAAUGGAUCAAGGGAGUGGAUGAUGCUGAGAUGAAGAGUCGACGACUGUAA